GGGAAAUGGUACCGUUGGUUUCACCCUCCCCGUGGACAAUCUACAUCUCCAGACUCAUCAACAACUCUGAGAACUCUUCAGCAAAUUCUUUCAAGAACCGAGAACUUCAAAUGGGACAGUGUCCCAUUUCCGACACCCCUUCAUUUUCAACUCAACUAUGUCUAUACCAUUGAUGAAGAUGCUGGUCAUUUCAUGCUCACUGAGUAGAAAACGGUGAACCAAGCUCUACACCAGAUCACCCGAAAGGUGGCAUUGGCCAGCAUCCGAGAAACAUCGCACAGUACAAUAGACACACUCCUUGAUGAUGCAGGGGAGCUAUCUAAGUACAAUGAUCACUCGCUGAGUGACAUACGUGAUGAAACCAAUGUUCAAUAUCUAUUGAAUGCAUUCGGAAUCAAGCCCAGCAUCCCCACACGGUUAAAUGAGCUACAAUUCCAACUGUUUACGGACUUUGUUUACACAUGGCGGUUUUAUUUCGACGACAAUUCUACCUGGGAACGCUCGUUCUCUCUUCUGUCUACUCUUGCUAUCGGACUCUUACGUAUCGCAGCAUGGGACCUUGAGGUCAGGAAUAUGGAUACCGAGGAACUACCAAUCACAUUUUCAUCCCUUCCGCGAUGGAAGGCGCCCGUCAACGAGAUAUUCUGGUUCCAUAAAUAUCUUAUUGUGUGCUGUAACACCGACCAAAUUGGCACUUCUGUGGCCACAAAAGCAAAAGAUUUUGCCCGCAGUACUAACCACAAAGGGCCUGUUCAUGGUAUAGCCAUUUCCAUACGGCAUAUUGUGCUUUUUGAGAUUUGCACUGACAACAUACUCUUUUCUGCCUGUAUUCCACUUGUUACCAAUACUUCAGCACUGCAUUGCUCCCCGGGAUUCAGGAUAUUGGCAUAUAUCUUCACUUCGAAUCACUGGAAGGGGGUUUCAGUGAAGCCCGGAGAGUCUUGGGGCGUCACAAUACCCACAGAGCUUUUCGAGAUGAUUCUUGCAACAGCCAUGCCAAGAGAUUUGGUCUCCAUGGCUCAGGCAUCUGAUUUAGUUGAAAAAUGGUAUUACUCUUCUAUUCCCCAAAUUCACGGCCUCAAGGUACAAAGCUUCGCCCUCUCCAUACCGUGUUGUGCCAAACGAGUUAAAUCGGGUGCUACUGGGGUUUACUGCUCGGCUUGCUAUGUUUGGUCACAUCUGGAAUGUACAAACCUGUCGUCUUCUGUGCCUUCUGGCACUGAUGAGUUUAACUGUUCUGGUUGUCAAGAGAGCAGACCUUGUACUUCUCUUGACACAGGAGGUAUUCACCAAUUCUAUCGUGCAAAGCGAGAACGGAAAGCUUGCAGCGUGAUGUAUGCUGGCAAAAUAACAGAUUUUCGGUUGCGAGUGUCCAAGCCAUCCUCUCGCCGGCCCGAGUUAUGGCUCAUCCGAACCCACGACCCGCCUCCUCCACGGCCUGUCGAUUAUACGAUAUUCUUCAAUGGGGUAUUUUCUGGUCUCGCGUAUGGAUUCGAUGAGUAGUACAGUUUAGGAGACAAUGCAAACGAACCCAAACACCACCAUCUGAAAACCAUAUUCUAACUCUUGCAUUUCGUGAACCAUUUCGAGUUGGGGGACGUUCAGUGGGGAGUCUUGCGACGAAGGGUAUCCAUCAAUAGUCGACGAAUUGUAAGACCGUCACUUCAUACACAGGACUUGUUUCUUCGCGGCUGAGGUGGGCCCGUUGGAAUGAGCUGGUGAUUCUUGGCAAUGUACUGGUGGUACUCAUACAAGAAGAGGUCAAGGCCAUGAAGGCUUAUUGCCCAACGUCGCCCAAACUCCGUAUUUGGUUGCUCAGGGGCAUUUUCAAGCUGGUCCAUGGUGGCGCCUAAAUCACCUUCUGGAUUUUUUACCUCGGCCACAGUAUGAUCAAUGACACAUCGGGCGCAUGGGUAACGUCGUUGCACCCGAAGAGCGACGAAAUCUGCGAAGGUGUCGUUUCGGGUUUACCCCAGCGCAAUAGUCUAGCCAUUGACAAGAACAUCGUGUCCUGGUUGCGCAAGGCUACAGCAGUGUCGAUAUUGCACUGUCUAUAUAUUCCUCUUAAAUUAAUUUUCUAAUACAUACGACCACAGGGUGUGGAGAACAGGGCUUCCCGUCCGCUCAGCCGUACUUAAGCCACACGCCGGGAGGUUAGUAGUUGGGUGGGUGACCACCAGCGAAUCCCUCCUGUUGUAUGUUUU